AUGAAGAAGAUGACCGAAUAUCAGGUUGAAGACGCCGUUUGCGGUGUUUGUGAAAUGCUUCACGCUCCCGAUCGUGUGAAUAUAAGACCGCUGGGAGCUGAGUUACUGAAGGAGCGCUUAAGAAUCCCCGUUGGUGCGGACAUACCAGAGUUUAUCGUGAAAGGAUAUGAUGCUUCGAGGAUACUGGGUGUGGAGUCUCAUCACUACAUCGUAAAGAAUACAGAAGGCCCGGUGCUUGGCAUGCUACCACGAGAUCUGACCAACAAAACGAUCCCUGUUCGUGAAGAUGAAGGUGUGAACAACGGCACUUAUUGCUGGAAACCUAUCGAGAGAAGCGAUUUUGGAAUCCGUUAA